AUGUCCAACAGCAGUUCCAUCACCCAGUUCCUCCUCCUGGCAUUCGCAGACACACGGCAGCUGCAGCUCUUGCACUUCUGGCUCUUCCUGGGCAUCUAUCUGGCUGCCCUCCUGGGCAAUGGCCUCAUCAUCAUCGCUGUAGCCUGUGACCAUUGCCUGCAUACCCCCAUGUAUUUCUUUCUUUUCAACCUCUCCCUCCUCGACCUGGGAUCCAUCUCAACCAUUGUCCCCAAAUCCAUGGCCAAUUCCCUCUGGGACACCAGAGCCAUCUCCUAUGCAGGAUGUGCUUCUCAAGUCUUUCUCUUUCUAUUUUUCAUUUCAGCAGAGUUAUUCCUUCUCACGGUCAUGUCCUACGACCGCUACGUUGCCAUCUGCAAACCCCUGCACUACGGGACCCUCCUGGGCAGCAGAGCUUGUGUCCACAUGGCAGCAGCUGCCUGGGGCGCUGGGUUUCUCACUGCUCUGCUGCACACGGCCAAUACAUUUUCCCUGCCCCUCUGCCAGGGCAAUGCUGUGGACCAGUUCUUCUGUGAAAUCCCACAGAUCCUCAAGCUCUCCUGCUCAUGUUCCUACCUCAGGGAAGCUGGGAUUAUUGUGUUAAGUGCUUGUUUAGUGUUUGGCUGUUUUGUUUUCAUUGUGGUGUCCUAUGUGCAGAUCUUCAGGUCAGUGCUGAGGAUCCCCUCUGAGCAGGGACGGCACAAAGCCUUUUCCACGUGCCUCCCUCACCUGGCCGUGGUCUCCCUGUUUAUCAGCAUGGCAGUGUUUGUCCACUUGAAGAGCCCUUACAUCUCUUCCCCAUCCCCAGACCUGUUGAUUGGAGUUCUGUACUCAGUGGUUCCUCCAGCAGUGAACCCCCUCAUCUACAGCAUGAGGAACCAGCAGCUCAAGGGUGCGGUGUGGAAGCUGAUAACUGGAUGUUUCCCUAAACAAAUAAACAGCCCAGGUUCGUCUGCAUAG